UCCGCCAAUAAAGAAAAGAAGAAGAAAAAAACUCCUCAUCGGGUGUUACUUUCGGCUCUUUUCCAGCCUCACAGCAUGGCUACCGUGGAGCAGGUGGCGGCAGUGGGAGCAGUUCUAGUUAACGCAGAUCUGGAUCUGACUCAACGCUUCAGAGCUUUGUUCACUCUCAGGAACCUUGGAGGUGCUGAGGCCAUCGAGUGGAUCAGCAAGGCCUUCAGGGAUGACUCGGCGUUACUGAAGCAUGAGUUGGCGUACUGCCUGGGCCAGAUGCAGGACAGACGGGCCAUCCCUGUUCUGACGGCCGUCCUCAAAGAUGCCAAGCAGGAGCCUAUGGUGCGGCAUGAAGCAGGAGAGGCCCUGGGGGCCAUCGGUGACUCAGCGGUUCUGGACCUGCUCAAAGAGUACAGUCAGGAUCCUGUCAUAGAGGUGGCGGAGACGUGUCAGCUGGCAGUCCGUCGGCUGGAAUGGCUCCUCGGCGGCGGAGAGACGCAGCUGGAGGACGGCAGCACGGAUAAGAACCCCUACUGCUCCGUGGAUCCGGCUCCUCCGGCGGCGAGGAGGAGCGUGGCGGAGCUGCGCUCGGUGCUGCUGGAUGAAAGUCUGCCGCUGUUCGAGCGCUACCGCGCCAUGUUCGCUCUGAGGAACCUUGGUACCGAGGAGGCGGUGGUCGCCCUGGGAGACGGGCUGCAGUGCUCCAGCGCGCUCUUCCGGCAUGAAAUCGGCUACGUUCUGGGGCAGAUGCAGCACCCAGCGGCCAUACCGGCGCUUCGCGCCGCUCUGGAGCGCUCCAAGGAGAACCCCAUGGUCCGACACGAGGCGGCCGAGGCUCUGGGCUCCAUAGGGAGGGAGGAGUGCCUGGCUGUGCUGCACAGUUACCUUAAAGACCAGGAACGUGUCGUCAAGGAAAGCUGUGAGGUCGCUCUGGAUAUGCUGGAAUAUGAAAACAGCGAUAAGUUCCAGUACGCCGAUGGACUGGUCAGACUGGAGGCCUCAUCUUAGCGCCCGCAGAGACACGAUGCUCCGACCAUAGAGCGCUAGUUCUUAUUCCUUUUCCCGCUCCUUCCCUCAUGGAUCAGGAGGCAUGUUGGUCAUAAGAAUGUGGAAAACUUUACAUUUGUUGUUGAAAAAACGUCAA